AUGGAUGGCGCUCUCAUUGCCCAGGAAAUACAAGCGUCCGCCCAGGCGAUGUAUCCGGCCUUGCCUCCCGACCAAGCCCUCCUCCAAUAUUACCGCGACCUAUACAACUCUGUACCCGAAUCUAUCCGCUCACAGCUACCUGAGAUCGGGGUGGCACUCGGUGAACUCUCUGGCAUUCAGUACGUCGUCUUUUUAUGUCGAAUAGCUAGGAUCCUCUUGGGAGAGAGCAAGUCCGGCACAACAAUCAAGCGACCUAUUCUUAUUCCGCCUGUGGAGCAAAACAACAUAUCUUUUAUUAACGGUUCCCUCAACUCGGACUCGCGGUUCGCAAACGCAGUUACUUGUGCCGCCUUCAUCGGUGCUGCCCUUGCUGUAAAAGUGGGCAAUGACGCGAUCAGCCGUAUUGGAUCAGCUCUCGAUGCGAUCCGAAAAGAACUUUCCAUUCAAAACAUUGCCAAGGUUCAAGGCUGGGUGGCCUACACCUGUUCUACGUCUGGACUCCCGGCAAUACAACCUGGCAUGGAAGAUUCGCAGAGCGAUGUCGAGAUUCACCCCUGGGUCGGCAAUUCGGAGGCUACCAUCAUGAUUUAG